AUGACUGUGCUCCGCUUGCCGCUGUUCCUCACUGCCUUGGCCUUCUGGAUGCCACAAGAGUCCAGCUCCCGGCUGCUGCCCAACGCCACCAAGCUCCUGUCCCCCGCAGGGGGCAGCGCCACGGGGCUGCUGUGGGGCAGGGGGGUCCCCCGGGGCCGUCAGAAGCGGCACCUCUCCCCCCGCGACAGGAGCACGAUUUUGGACUACCACAACCAAGUGCGGGCGCAGGUGUCCCCCCCCGCUGCCAACAUGGAGUACAUGGUCUGGGACGAGAGGCUGGCCAGGGCGGCGGAGGCAUGGGCUGCGCGCUGCCUGUGGGACCAUGGGCCCCCCCAGCUGAUGAAAUACGUGGGGCAGAACCUCUUCAUCCACUCGGGCAGGUCCAGCUCCGUCAUAAACAUGGUGAAAUCAUGGCACCAGGAGAAGCAGCACUACUCCUUCCCUCACCCCCACGAGUGCAACCCCCGCUGCCCCUCCAAAUGCAGCGGCUCUGUCUGCAGCCACUACACGCAGAUGGUGUGGGCAUCCUCCAGCCGCCUGGGCUGUGCCCUCAGCACAUGCACCAACAUACGUGUGUGGGGCAGCACGCUGCGGCACGCCGUCCUCCUCGUCUGCAACUACGCUUUCAAGGGCAACUGGCAGGGAGAAGUGCCGUAC